GCCAGCCGUUUCUCGUGUAAAACGGUGUGCUUCAGGUCUGUCCGCUUCACUAUAGAAUGGCACAAUGAGGACUGUUACUGUUCGCUCGGUUUCACCUGAACCCUCCAGGUGAUGUCACAAUGCGAGACCCGAAUAACAGGAUCAGGGACAUUUCUCCCCUACUUAAACCUGACACAUGGAGCGCGUCGCUGUGGAUGCGUUUUGGAGAGGGAUCCCGUCAUUUCCAUCCUUUGACAAAAUGGCAGGUGUGUUUGCCUACGAGAGCUCUCAAGUUGACUGGUGUGAGGACAACUAUAAAAAUUCAGAGAAUGUUGUGGAAUAUUUCAAUACGAUGAGCAGUUUUAUAUUCUUUGUGAUCUCACCCAUAAUGCUUUACCUGCUACACCCAUAUGCCAAGGAAAGAAACCUGGCUGUGCACCUGGUCUGGAUCAUGAUGGUCUUUGUAGGUAUCUUCUCUGUGUAUUUCCACAUGACUCUGAGUUUUAUGGGCCAGAUGCUGGAUGAGCUGUCAAUCCUGUGGGUCUUGGCUCUUUGCUACUCCCUGUGGUUCCCACGCAAACACUUCCCCUCUUUUAUUAAGGACAGGAAAUCCUUCUGUCAUAUGGUCGUGAUCAUCACUGUCAUAAGCACUCUGUCCUCUUUUGUCAAACCUACAGCCAAUGCCUACGCUCUCAACUGCUUCACCAUCCAUAUCCUCUACUUUCUGUUUGUGGAAUUAAGGAAUUGCACAGAUGAGAGAGUGCUGCGUCUGGCCUGGGCGUCCGUUGGCCUGUGGGUUCUGGCUAUCUCCUGCUGGAUUAGCGAUCGCUUUGGCUGCAGCUUCUGGCAGAAACUGGACUUCUGUUAUCUGCACGGUAUCUGGCAUAUUCUGAUUGUGGUGGCCACUGCUUAUGCUAGUACUUUGGUCGCUUACCUGGACGCUAGACUGGAGAUCCCUUAUUCCCUACCUGACCUGCAGUACUGGCCACGGAAUAAAUGGUCCAUUGGGCUUCCUUACAUAGCCCUCAAAGGCACCACAAAGACACGAAAAAGAUGCUAGCAGGCAUGACAAGAUGAACAGACACAACCUCAUAUAUAAAGCUGGGUGUAACGCUGAUUUAGGACAAGCCUUUACAUUUCCAAAAUGGUGAAUCCAUUUAUAUGGGCAGGAAAGAGCUGAUCCUAGAUCAGACACUGUACUUUAUGUGAACUCUGAAGAGAAACUAGUUAUAUGAAACAAAUGCUGUGCUGAAUUGUUGCAGUUUCUGGAACUUUCUUCAUAUUUCUCACAGAACCUGAAACUGUGUGUGUGUGUGUGUGUGUGUGUGUGUGUGUGUGUGUGUGUGUGUGUGUGUGUGUGUGUGUGUGUGUGAAUGUUUCUAUGCAAGUGACUGUUCGUAUUCUCAUCUUUACAAACAACAUGCUGUUGUUAUGUGAAAAUGAAUAUUUUCAGAAGACUGAAUGUAUGUACAAAACUUUCUGCAUUAUACUUGAUCUACUAUAAUUUUUUAACUGAGAAAAUUGUCAUAAUCAACUGCUUGAUUCAUGGGUGAAACUUGAAUACCAAUUUUAAAAGAAAAUGUCAAUGUUCGAUUCAUAAUCUGUUCAGAGGAAGAAAAUCAUGCUGCCUGUUUGACGUGAGAUAUCACUUUCUCACACCAAAUGGAGCAGACGUUUACAAAUGUAAUAACUGGGAUUAUGUUCAUUUUGGUGUGGCAUAUUUAAAUCUUAUGUUAUUUUAUUGUAUGUUUCGUUAAAAAACUUUAUAUAUUCUAAAUCUAUAUACUGUGUUUUAACUUCUAACCUCCACCUCAGUGUAUGAAAUUGUGGAUAUUGAUGAUGGUGCACUGUUCAAUGACAUCACUCUUUAAAGUACUUAUGUGACAUGAAACUAAUGAUUUGUGGAUUAUUUUUAUAUAAAUUAUGAUUGCUGGGA